GAGCAGCGCGGCACCGGCGGAGCCGCCAAGCGCGCCGGCGCACCCGCGCGCCGCGGCGGGAAGGAGGCGAGGGCUGGCUCCCGAGGCGCGGGCGGCGCCGCCGCGCCCCGCCGGCCCCUCGCCGACCUGCUGGACUACCUGCGCUCCUGCGCUCAG